UGUUAGUAAACCAAGAAUCUAACAAUAUUCAUUCAUUCUCUCAUUUCUCUUUAGAAAUCCUCCUCAAAGUGCCACUGAGUUUAAUCCUUUACCGGUAGAAUUCAACAAGGAAAUCAUUCAUUUCUAUUUCGAGGUUCUCUGUUACUGCAAAGCAGCGUUGGAUCCAUGGCCUCUUCGGUUCUAGCCAAGGCAGCCGAGAAGAUUGGAACUGCCGUGCGCCGUCAGGCCAUUACCUUGACCGACUCCGCCGCCGACAGGAUACGCUACCUCCUCCAGCAACGCCAACGCCCUUUCCUCAAGCUCGGCGUCAAGGCUCGUGGCUGCAACGGUCUCUCUUACACCCUCAAUUACGCCGAUGAGAAGGGGAAAUUUGAUGAAAUGGUUGAGGAGAAGGGAGUGAAGAUACUGAUUGACCCAAAGGCACUCAUGCAUGUUAUUGGUACUAAGAUGGAUUUUGUUGAUGAUAAGCUGAGAUCAGAGUUUGUGUUCAUCAAUCCCAAUUCUAAAGGUCAAUGCGGUUGUGGUGAGUCGUUCAUGACUUCACCGAGUAGUGAAUCCAAAAGGCAAGGCAACAUCUAAUGACAUACCGAAAUCGCAUUGAUAGAUUUAUGUAAAUUUCACAAUUAUUCCAGGACUCCAGCACCUGAUUGCAGAUUAGUUAAUCAGUUUUGUCUCUGGAGUGCCAUAUGUGGAAUGUAGUUGCUGAUUGUACUAAUAGGUUCUGGUGUUGUAAAUUGUGAAGAAAAAUGGAUUCACUGCCCAUAUGAGUUAACUCAGCAUCCUGGAGUUGUAUUUUUAUUAUAUUAUUUUUUACACACAAAUUGAUCAAAACUCAAUAUACAAAUUAUUCCAUUUAAUGGUUGUAAAA